GUGUGUGUAUGCGCACACGGGUGUCUAGGUGAGCCUCGUGCCCGCGGAGGCCAGAGGGCGUCGGAUCCCCCGGAACGGGCGUUAAGGUGGUGGGAACCGAACCCAAGUCUUUGGGAAGAGCAGCCGGUGCUCCUAACGGCUGAGCCAUCCUCUCCGGCUCCGACCUAGAGGCUGGGCGUCUCUGGGGAGCGCGUUCGUACCCUCGACCUUGCUUUUAACCUGACCACGCGGCUUCCGGCAGCAGACUCCUUCAAGCACCACUUCCCUCCUCGUUCCGUGUUUUGCCCAAGGACCACAGCUCCAGAGACCCAGAGGCAAGCUGUGAACGACAGCCAAUGAGGCAUCGGCGUGGGCGGGCCCGGGAUGAGAACGCAUCUCUGAUUGGUCAGCGGUACUCGGCAAAUGGCGGAGGCGCUGAGGCGGGUGCUGAAUGAAGGCCGCGCUGCAGGGCCCGGGGGGGAUGGAGCUGCCGGGCCGCCAUUGCUGCUGCUAGGCGCCCCGCGCUCCGCGCAGACGUCGCUGCUGUUUGCGGCCGCCCUUGAGGCAGCAGGGGAAGGCCGCGGGCCUGUCCUCUUCCUGACACGAAGGCCGCUUCAGAGCCUGCCGCUCAACACCCCCGCCGCGCGGAACCCCUGGCGGCUCCAGAAGGUUCGAUUCCAGUACCCAUCCUCAGUUCCAGAGCUCCUCCAACUGCUGGCCUCUGCCCAUGAGGCCCCCGGGCCUGCCCCGUCCCUUCUACUGCUGGACGGCCUGGAAGAAUAUCUAGCCGAGGACUCCGAGGUCCAGGACGUCGCCUACUUAGCUGCAUUGCUUUUGGAUACUGCUGCCCACUUCAGCCACCGCCUUGGAGCCAAUGGCAGCUGCGGGCUUGUGGUGGCCCUGGAGACCCAAAAAGGAGCAGACGGUGAUGUCCCACAUCUGACAACGCUUCGACGGUAUUUCCCUGCACAGUGCUGGCUGCAGCCAGAUGCCCUGGGCUUGGGACAGCACCACUGCCUUCGAGCCAGCCUGGAGUCGGGCAAGCUGAGCCCCAGGAUGGAGUGGUCAGUGACCUUCUUACCCAACGGAGAGAUGAAGGUCAUCCCGUGGCCUACCCAGGCUUCUAAGCCCGGCCCAGAGAAGAAGUGUUCAAGUGCCGAGAGCCAGUCAUUAACUCUGGAAUGUGACAACCUCUCUGGCUCAGUUUCCAUUGGAUAGAAUACUUCCUUCGGGGGCAGCUGCAGAUUCACAGACCUGGAAAAUGUAGCCUUGUUGGGGCCGGCAAGAUGGCUCAGUAGGUUGGGGGCCUUGCCAGCAAGCGUGAUCACCUGGCUUUGAUCCCCGGCAUCCAUAUGGUAGAAAACUAGAACUGACUCCUACAAGUUGUCUUCUGACCCCCACAUUUGGGUAGAGGCACACACGUGCCCUCCACACUAGUAGUAAUAAAAUAAAACCUUUAAAUAAAUGAA